AUGACGCUCAACUCGUGGCACUAUAUGAUAUUAUUCAUCGAGAAAUGCCGGUAUGCCGAUACUGUCCUGACCCACACCCUCUUUACUGCUUGUUUCCGAUUGUGUAAGAGGGGUAGUGGCUACUACUUAGCCACUCAUGGAGGUUUCAAGAGGGCCAAAACCGCCGCCAUUUCCGACGUCAACGCCUUGAAGAGGCUGUUCAAGGGGCUCGUCGACAAGGUCAGCCGGCAACAGGAAGCAGCCUCUGCCAUCGCUGUUGUUGUGAUGCAGUUGAAGUCCGAGAGCAGGAAGCGGGCAGGCAGCGGAGCUAGAGGUGAUUCCUGGCUCCUGUUCACCGGGCCUGGCAAGGUCGGAAAGUGGAAGAUGGCAAACGCGCUGUCGGAGCUGGUGUUCGGAACUGGACCGACCACUGUUUGUUUCGGUGGCGCCGCCUCACGUACUGGCGGAGACGAUGGAGGGCAAAACGUCAAGUCGCGUGGUAGGACUUCGAUGGACCGGGUGGUGGAGGCCGUACGCCGGAACCCGUUCUCCAUGAUAGUGCUCGAGGAUGCAGAUCAAGCAGAUGGGCUCGUGAGAGGAAGAAUCAAGCGCGCGAUGGAGCAGGGCCGGCUCGUCGACUCCUACGGCUGGGAAGUCGGCUUGGGAAGCGUAUUUUUCAUCCUCACCUCAAGCUGGCUACCGAAAGAGCUCAAGAGAACCCACGACUCCCUCAUCCAAUGCGAGGAGAAGAUUCUGCAGUCAGCCGGCCAUAGGUGGCGACUGCAGCUGUCAGCUCAGAGAACCCCCGGAACGCGCUGCUUCGAUUGGCUUCGCGACAGUGAUCGAUCAGUGAAGCUGAGACGGCAGUCAUCAUCCGGCGGAGGCUUGUCGCUGGACCUAAACUUGGCAGUGAGCAGGGAGGACGAGGCCGGGGAGGGGUCGAGGAGCUUGAGCGACCUCACCAUGGAGCACAAGCACAAGGGAAGGCUUGCCGCCAGGUGUUCGAUGUCGCCCUCUGCCUCGGACUUGAUGGAAUUGGUGGACAAAGCCAUAUCGGCCAUAAUGGGCUAUGGAAGCUCACUAAAGAUCGACGACGACGUCAUCGACCGGGUUGUCGGUGGUAUUUGGGUAGGAAGAGCAGCAUUCGACGAGUGGGCUGAGGGAGUACUGACGCCUUGCUUGCGGCAGUUGAAGUGCAGGUUGAGGGCAGAUGACGUUGCGGCGGUCGUCCGGCUAUCUGUGGUGAAAGGGGGUGGAGCGGCGACGAACGGCGACCAGGAUUGGCUACCGGCGACGGUGGUGAUCGCCGUCGAUGAGCUGCAGAAGACGCCAUGGACAUGA